CUAAAAUGGCGGCAGCACUCAGCCCGACGUCUCUGGAGUCGGCCCCGCGAAUCAUGCGGCUGGUGGCGGAGUGCAGCCGAUCCAGGGCCCGGGCAGGGGAGCUACGGCUGCCGCACGGGCCGGUAGCCACUCCCGUGUUCAUGCCAGUGGGCACGCAGGCCACUAUGAAGGGCAUCACGGCCGAGCAGCUGGACGCUCUGGGCUGCCGCAUCUGCCUGGGCAACACCUAUCAUCUGGGUCUGAGGCCGGGCCCCGAGCUGAUCCAGAAAGCCCACGGUCUCCACGGCUUCAUGAACUGGCCCCACAAUCUACUGACGGACAGCGGCGGCUUCCAGAUGGUGUCUCUGGUGUCCCUUUCCGAGGUGACGGAGGAAGGCGUCCGCUUCCGUUCCCCUUACGAUGGCGACGAGACCCUUCUGAGCCCGGAGAAGUCCGUGGAGAUCCAGAACGCUUUAGGCUCAGACAUCAUCAUGCAACUAGAUGAUGUGGUCAGCAGCACUGUGACGGGGCCACGCGUGGAGGAGGCUAUGUACAGGUCCAUCCGCUGGCUGGACCGGUGCAUCGCAGCCCAUCAGCGACCAGACAAGCAAAAUCUCUUUGCCAUCAUCCAGGGUGGGCUAGACGCGGAUCUCCGGACCACCUGCCUCGAAGAGAUGACCAAGAGGGACGUGCCGGGCUUCGCCAUCGGGGGCCUGAGCGGGGGCGAGAGCAAGGGCCAGUUCUGGAGGAUGGUGGCGCUGAGCACCUCAAGGCUGCCUAAGGACAAGCCGCGCUACCUGAUGGGGGUCGGCUAUGCCACCGAUCUGGUGGUCUGCGUGGCUCUUGGAUGUGACAUGUUCGACUGCGUCUUCCCCACGCGGACGGCGCGCUUUGGCUCAGCUUUGGUGCCCACCGGGAACCUGCAGCUGAAGAAGAAGCAGUAUGAGAAGGACUUCCGGCCCAUAGACAACAACUGUGCCUGUCCCACCUGCCAGAAGCACAGCCGGGCCUUCCUGCACGCUCUGCUGCACAGCGACAACACGGCCGCCCUGCAUCACCUCACCGUCCACAAUAUUGCCUACCAGCUGCAGCUGAUGAGCGCCGUGAGGGCCAGCAUCGUGGAGAAGCGCUUCCCUGACUUCGUCCGGGACUUCAUGGGCACCAUGUAUGGGGACCCCACCCUCUGUCCCACCUGGGCCACUGAAGCCCUGGCCUCGGUGGGGAUCACUCUGAGUUGAUCUGGUUUGGGGGGCAGGAGGGAGGGG